AUGCAUAAGGUCACAGAAGAAAAAGAUGGAUCUGAAACCGAAACCCUCAAACCAAUUGUCGAUCCGUUUCCUUUUCCACAGUUAGCUACCGUCAAACCUAAUUUCUUCAUCAAGAGUCAUCUUCCAAUGAAACGCACCCUUCGGCCUCUCUUCGCGCUCCUCCUUCUCCUCGUCUUCGCCGCCACGCUCAUCUCACGCGCCGUCCUCCGCCGCGGCAUCCUCUCCAUCGAGCUCGAGUACCGCGUGCGGAUCCACCACCCAUCCCCUCCUCAGCUUAACGCGACACUCCUCCACCACGCUGCUGUUGAAAUCGGCGAGGAGAAGUUCAAGCAGGAGAUCCAGAACCUCCUCGAUGGAAACUUUGGAAGCCACGCGCGCCACCGCACUUUCGUCUCGUGGCGUAGAUUCAUUCACCACGACAGCGGCGGCGGAGCCGCCCCCAAUCUCCCGGCGACGCUCCGGUCACCGCUCUUCUACCGGUACUGGCUCGACUUCCGGAAGGUUCUCCACGAUUGGUUCAGGAAGCGACGAUUCCAACCCGGUAUCAUGUCCGAGUUGACUCGGUCAAUUAAGCUUCCAAUUGAUUCACAUAGAAAAGUAGUAACCAAAAACAAAAAUAAAUAUGCUUCUUGUGCUGUUGUUGGGAACAGCGGGAUUUUGCUGAAUAGGGAUUAUGGAAGUGAAAUUGAUGCACAUGAGGUUGUGAUAAGGUUGAACAACGCUAGGGUUGAUCACUUUGAGACCAAGGUCGGGAAGAAAACUAGCAUUUCAUUUAUGAACAGUAACAUUCUGCAUUUGUGUGCUAGAAGGGCUGGGUGUUUUUGUCACCCUUAUGGUGACCAUGUUCCGAUUGUAAUGUACAUCUGCCAAGCCGUGCACUUCUUGGAUUACACUGUGUGCAAUGCUUCUCACAAGGCUCCUUUAUUGGUCACUGAUCCUAGGUUUGAUGUGUUAUGUGCGAGGAUUGUGAAGUAUUAUUCGUUGAAGAGGUUUGUGGAGGAGACUGGGAAGGGUUUGGAGAAGUGGGGUGAGGCUCAUGAUGGGGCACUUUUUCAUUACUCUUCUGGGAUGCAGGCUGUGAUGCUGGCUUUGGGUGUUUGUGAUAGGGUUAGCAUUUUUGGGUUUGGGAAAUCGGCUUCAGCUAAGCAUCAUUACCACACUAACCAGAAGGCUGAGCUUCAUUUGCACGAUUAUGAGGCUGAAUAUGCGUUUUAUAGGGACCUUGUGGAUGGACACAGGCCAAUACCCUUUCUUGAGGACAGCUUUAAGAUUCCUCCUGUUGUCAUGUAUCAUUGA